CGACGCUUUUCGCCUGACCGAGUUCAUUAAUGCGUAGAGGAAGGGGAGGAGGAGGACAGCUCUUCUUCUACGUCCCGUUGUGCUGAGAGCUGCUGUUUCAUUUCACCGCCGCCCCAGCACCACGGCAGCUCAGCCCUCCAUCUCCUCCAGUGUUAUCUCGGAUUUUGAUGUGAAGUGCCAACAUUUUUCUUUAUAAUCAUUUUUUUCUUUCCCCUGUCCCAGCCUCGCCGGGAAGCCCACGCCAGGGCGGUGAAGAGAGAAGUUUAAAGCCCAGCUGCUGCUCAGGAGUCGGUCGACCCGGGGUUUCGCUGUCCCGCACACCUCGCCUUGAGCUGUCUGUACUUUAAAAUUUUUGGGGUGGAAGUUAACAUCGACUUCAGUGAAGUUUUUGGCCCGAUAGGACAGCACGUCGGCCCGGCAUCAUGACUCGGAGAUCCUGUGCCAUUUACGCCACCGGCAUCGUGUGCGCUCACCUCCUGAUAGUGGGGAUCGCCCUGGUCGUGGCUCAAGUCUUCCAAACAAUGAUACACAGCCGGUUAAAAAAGGAAAUUACUUUGACGGAGAAGAGCCAAAUGUUUGAAUCAUGGAAGAAUCCACCUCCCCCUGUUUACAUGGAGUAUUACUUCUUCAAUGUGACCAAUCCGGAAGUGUUCUUGAAAGGCGGGAAAGCACACGUUAAACAGAUUGGACCGUAUACUUACAGGGAAUACAGGCCGAGGGAAAAUGUAACUUUCCUGGAGAACGGCACCAAGGUUUACGCCCUGAACCCCAAAACCUUUGUCUUUGUGCCUGAGAAAUCUGCUGGUGACCCCACGGUUGACAUCGUCACGACUGUCAACAUCCCGUUCGUGGCGGUGAUGAACGAGCUGAAUUCCUACUCCUUCUUCCUGCGAACUGUUGUUUCUAUGUACAUGAACAGCUUGGGCAUUGAGUUGUUCAUGAACCGCACCGUCCAUGAGAUUCUGUGGGGAUUCAAAGACCCUCUCCUCACAAAACUCCACUCCAUGAAGCCUGAAGUGGACGAAUACUUUGGGCUGAUGUGGAAGAAAAAUGGCACUCACGAAGGAGAGUUUGUGUUCCACACGGGCGAGGAGAACUACUUGGAUUAUGGUAAAAUCGACACGUGGAACGGCCUGAGGAAGAUGUCGUGGUGGUCUUCCAAUCAGAGCAACAUGAUCAAUGGUACGGACGGCGCUGUCUUUCACCCGCUAAUAAACAGGAACGAGUUGCUCUACAUCUUUGCUGCUGAUCUCUGCAGGUCUAUUCAUUUAGCCUAUGUGGAAGAUGUGGAGGUGAAAGGCAUCCAGGCGUACCGCUUUGCUCCACCUGAGGAUGUCCUCAUGAGUCCCAAAGACAACCCCACUAACGAGGGCUUCUGUGUGCCAGCUGGAGACUGUCUCGGCACCGGGGUGCUUAAAGUCAGCGUUUGUCGAGAAGGUGCUCCCAUCGUGGUGUCUUUCCCCCACUUUUAUCAAGCGGACCCUGUGUACAUCAAUGCUGUUGAUGGGCUCAACCCCAACAAGGAGGAACACGAGACGUACCUCGACCUGCAACCGACCACAGGAGUUCCCAUUCGUGCCUGUAAGCGAGCCCAGCUCAAUAUCAUUCUGAAGAGAGUCUCUGGCUUCCCCAAAACCAAGUUUAUAAAUGAGACCAUUUUCCCCAUCAUGUUCGUCAAUGAGACGGCAACUAUUGACGAUGACUCAGCAUCCCAGAUGAGGACGCUGCUCCUAAUUGUGACUCUCGUGUCGAACUUCCCCGUGCUCAUCGUGGGUAUGGGCAUCAUCCUGCUGCUGGUGCUCGUUGUCUUGUUCUGCCGAAACCGCCAGAAGAAGAAUGAAGUAAAACGUAUUGAUUUUACUGAAGCUUUUCAUUCUUUUACUACGGUGAAAGAUGACACGGCCUACACUCAGGUCAGCGACAAACCGGACGAGCCGUCGGAAACGCCAGCCAACCAGCCAAUGAGGAAUGGCUCCUACAUUGCCAUGUCUCCAGUGGAGGCCCAGAAGUGUUGAUCGAGGAUCUCCUCCCCAAGUGUGGAGCUCAGGAAGGAGGCUAAGGGAGCAGCACGGGGGUGUUACAUUACCACGGGUGGGGGUUUACACACACAAUGGGCUCAUUUUCACUUAUUUUAGGGGGUGGGGAGGAUAAGGAAAGGGGUGGGACACAAACCCCCGUAAAUGUUUAGUCAACAGAGACAUUGCUCCUCUCACUGAGCCCUCUUAUGACUGUCUGUCCUCCUCUACUCUACCUGCUGAGCAUGGCCCUCACUGCCUGCUGUACUGCAACACAACAAACUCCCACACCUUUAUUCCUCAUUUCCGUCCUGGUUGGCCCGUUUAAAGAUGGCGGGACUCCAGGUGGGCUCGGCCAGGACAAGCCUUUUUUCCGUAAUUCUUUUGAGGGAACACGGUAGCAUAGGUGUCGCUGCUGCACACGGAUGCAUGAUCUUCUGAGCAGACUCUGCUGACUAAUAUGGCUCAAAGAGUGCUUAGUAUUCACCUGAACAACAGUGGGUGUCGUUACAGUUGUAUUCUUGCUCUUUCCUCUCCAUCAGUGUUGCGUGAGGACAAAACUUCAAGCCAACAGAUUAAAAAGCCCAUGUAAACUGAAUCCUUAGGACAAAAUCUCUGAGCUCAGAGGAUAAAACGGUUUUGCUAACAAAAGUGAACUUAGAAUAUCAUUUUGUAAAAAAUUAAAAAAAAAAAAACAAAGAAGAAAAAACAGACUGAGCCAAACUAUUUAUAGCAUUUUUGCCUUUUUUCCUAAGAUGAAUUAAUACGCGCACACGCACCACACUUCCAAGUAUCAGUUAGUGAAAGUAUGUGUGCACCUUUAUCUUACACUUCAGUGUCCUGUUUUGAUGGACAGUGGGCAACUAUUUUUCUUGACGCAGGCCCAGUGUAGUGUGACACCUGAAAUACUCGUGAUUUUGACCCCUCCCUUCUUUUCCUUUUUAGUCAGCAUCACCUUUUUUUUCCCUCCCACAACACUAGUUAAGCAAUGAAACACUCAGCUACGUUAGUUCAUGCGAUAGUAGCUAGAUGUGAAAUUGUUAGAAUUGCCAAGAGUAGCUUGAUAAAGUUGCACCUUUAGGCUUCAUCACACAUUCAAAACAAAAAAGGAAAAAAAAAAAAAAAAACACCCACAGAACUUACAAGGGAGACUUGAACCUGCUUUCUGCCUUACAACGGUUCAGUGUGUUCUUUAUGUUCAUACAUUGUUCAAAUAAGCUGGAAAUCUCUUUGUGGUUAUUGUACAUAUGUAAAGGGGAAAACGUUGAGAUACCUCUGACCAAAUCCAGCAAGCAGUCCUCUUAGGUGUGCUGAAAGACACUAACUUUGCUCUGGUGUCAACCGCUCCUGCACGUCUACACUGUUACCUAUUAGAGAAAGCACAAUUUGGAUUGCUAAAACCAGUCCUCACAAAAAGGCUACCAGGUUUUUUUUUUUUUUUUGGUCCUAUUAUUUUAAAUAUUUACAGCUGAUCUGUCAAAGACACUGUCAAGUGCCGUGAUUAUUGAAAAAGUGGAAUCGUGGUGUUGAGGGAGCCCUGUGCGCCACUCGCUGCUGUGUAGUUUGCCAAGGAGCUGUAGGCAUUCAGGCAAACGCAGCGCACAGCACUUGAAUCACUGUUUGUCUUACGUUUCAUGUCUUGUUUUCAAUUUUCUGUCCAAAACACUUGUCUCGUCACACGUCAGUCCCAUUGGUGGUUGUCGGUGGGAAGUGAAUUUAAGGCCAUAAUACUGUCAACGUGGGAAAUUCCCUGCACUUUGCCUGGAAAUUGUGCCCUGUGUAUUUUCAUUGUUGUUGUUUUUUGUUUUGGUUUGGUUUGUCUUGUCCUGGUCAUUUCAGUGCAGGUGGUCCACAUGUUCAGUACAUUUCAAUGGUUUGUCCUGGGUAGUAUUUGAUGUUUUCGUUGUCAAUGGACAACAGACAUCCCUGCCUCUGUGUUACUUGCUUCUCAGCACAUGGAGUGUCUUCUUUUGAUACACUUUUGUAUUUGUUAUUGCUGCUAAAAAAAUGCCAUAACCUAUGGACUUGUCUUUGUAUAUGGGCUAUUUACCAUAAUGUGCUCAAAUUCAGUUUCAGGUUGAUCCACAGAGUCUUUUUUUCUUUCCGAAGUCUUAAAUCUCAAAGGCUUUCUGUGUUGUCGGCCCUUUGUCACCUGAGCACAAGAUACAAAGCCCAAAGCUUGUUACCAUUUAUUGGAAUUAGCAGUGGCAGUUAUCACUAGCAACGUUUUUGUAAAGUUAUCAUAGUCGACCAGUCAUUCCUCCAUUAGCAGAUUUGACCAUAUCACAUGUAUCGUUGGGGUUUAUAGUAGGGUUAGUAAACUUGACAGAAAGGGCGAGCCACUUCAGCACCACCUCAGAUUGGUGUCAGAAGUCUGAUCACUGUGUUUAAUAACACUGUGGUGGAGAAUCCUUUAAAGCUUUGGGAAACACACUUAUUUGCUUUCUGGUGGAGAGCUAGAUGAGAUGAUUGAUGCCACCCUUGUGUUUGUGUGCUAAAUGUGAAACAACAUCCUGGAGAUUGUUGGCUUAGUUUAGCACAGAGAUUGGAAAAGGGGGUAAACAGCUAGCCUGGCUCUGUCCAAAGGUAAUAAUAAAAUCUGCAUACCAACACCUCUAAAGCUCACUAAAUAACACAACAUAACACAUCUGUUUUUUAAAUCCAUACAAAAACCAAACUGUAAGAAUUAAGAGCUGCAACAAAUAGAUAUUUAAUUUUUCUUUGAUUAAUCUAUUGAUUGCCAUCUGUUUUUAUAAUUAAUUGUUUCAGUCACUAUUCAGGCAAAUUUGUUCAUUUCACCUUCUCAAAUGUGAGACUUUGCUGCUCUUCUUGGACUUAAAUUAUUGUAAAAUGAAUGUAUUUUACAUGUUUGACUGUUGGUUGGAUAAACCAAGAUAUUUAAUACCAUCUCUUGGUGCUGUAGGGUGUUGGCACCAUCUGUAGUACUGCUUUUUUUUUUUUUUUUUUAAAUACCCUUGGAGAAGAGCCAGAGCUAGGCCAGCUUAUUCCCCCGUUCCAGUCUUUAUGCUGUGCUAUGCUAAGCUAAUCACCUGCUUGCUCCAGCUUUAAAUUCAAUGGACAGUAUCAAUCUUUUCAUUUCAUUCAAAAUCAAUUCUCUAGAGGUCCUUUUAUUUCACCUAUAUGCAACAAACUUUUGCCUUGUGUGAACUCAGAGUCCAUCAUCAUCAUCCACCUUUUGAAAAUCUUUACUUGAACCUGAAAGACCUUAAUCCUUAGAGCUGUGUGUGUGCGUGUUGCUCGUACAGCGCAUCUGUUCAAACACACACACACACCUGAGCCAUCACUCCUCCACCUGUCUGACUUCUACUACACUGACCUUUGAGUCCAAUCCUUCAAGCCCAUUGGCUCGCCCCCUGCUUGACCAAAGAUAACCCAUAUAGAUCUGCCCCCAGCGCCAUGUUUACUCUCCUCUGCGAUAACGGCUGUGCCACAAAACCACCGCCUACCUUUUUUUUUUUUUUUUUUUUUUCCAAUCGUGCCACCACUUAUGUGAAGUAUUUGCAACAGUGUUGUGUGUGCGUGAAUGCAUGUAUGUGCCUUUUUACAUCAAGGCAAAAAAAAAAAAAAAAAAAAAAUCACACGGUAGUUUGAUGGGUAUUGCUUUUUUUUCACCCAGUGCAAGAGCAAACAAAAGUAAUCAAUGCUCUUUGUGAGCAGAAAGAAAUCUCAGUAUUAUACAAGACAAAGCAAUACAGAGUUGUAAAAUAAACUGUGGAUGUUUUGUAAGGGGCCAGACAAUAUUUAUGUAUCUUUUUGGGGUUUUUUUUUUUUUUUUCAUGUAUUUGUGAUUUUUGUUAGCUUCACUUGUGUAGGAGUAUUUUCCUUUUUCUGUAGCGUGAUGUAGUAUUUUAUUUUGUAAUAUUCAUUUUGAGUCCAAGCACCAUUUCAUUUUCAUUCGUCAACAUUUCAUCCCCCCCCCCCCCCCCACACUGAAAAUACAAAAAAAGAAAAAAGUGUUAAACGAUGGACCAGUAUGUCACACUGGGACCAGUCAGAGCCCUGUAGUAAAAUGUGUGUAAGAGUGUUCAUGAAUGGUUUAAGAUUCGGGUGUUUGAUGAGUAUGAGAACUUGUGUGAGUAAAAACUUGUGUUUGUGGAGCCAAAUGCACCAUUUCUGUCAAACUGGAGUGAUUUACUGGAAGGCUGAUUAUCUUGAUGAGUGAGUAAAGUAAAGCUAUGUAACCUAUCUAGAUGAAUGACGCCCUCCUUCAGGGAUGAGCACUAGUGCCAUACCAUCCUUUAUGGGUUUUUUUUUCCUUAAUUUGCUCUUUGGUGUAAUAACCACAUCUCCCCUUUUCGAUGUUCAGAAGUCACUAACAGACGUUUCCUUUUAAGAUAUACUAAUUUGUUUUGCUACUGAAAAUGACAAUCCUCCUUGUCAUGUUAGGUGCAAAAUGAUUUCAAAGUAAUAUCCAUUUUUAGUUUUGAUAAUUUACACUGCACAGAUGUUUCUACAGUGCUUUUGUAAACAUUUCUAGUGUAUUUGCAAAAAAAUAAAAGUUGCAGUCAAGUGCAAAGUUCA